UAUCUCUGCUUGUCUUUGACUUAAAUUACUUUCAAUGAUUUUUAUUUGUUGUGUUUUUCCUUGUUCUAGACAAUCGGGCAGUCGUCUCAUUCGCAUUCAUCAUUUCGUCAAUAAGCCACUGAAUAGAUAAACCAAUCACUGUACAGCUAUUUAACCAAUAAGGAAUCAACAAGUCCUUUUACUUACCUAAGAUAUUUGACAUAUUUUUUUAAUACAACUGAUUUUAAUCCUCUUAAUGUUUGAAUAACUAAGCUAGUCACGUAUUUCAAAAGUGCUGAUAUUUCGGCCUAAAUGAAAUCAGUUAAUAUACACUGAAAUAAAACAAUUGAUUACUGUUUAGAAAAAAAAUUUAAUUGUCACUUGUCUUCAAGAAAUUUAGUGAAAUAUUAAAAAUGUCCAAAAGAAUCAAUGAUGAAAUGAAUAAUACUGAAUCACAAAAGCAGACUGAAUACGUGUCUGAAAGAGAACGAUGCAUAGACCGAGGUCCAGCAUGGAUAAAAGCUAUAUGUGCAUUUAUCAUACUAUCAAGUCACUAUGGUAUACUAAACUGUGGUGCUUUAUUCUAUCCUGGACUAGAGGAAGCUCUUCAAAUUCCACUGAAUGUUCUCUGCUGGCUGAUGACUGGUCAAUUUGCAAUUACAUUUUGUUUGGCACCAUUGUACAAUCGUUUAUUGGAUUUAGUGGCUAACAGACCUGCGACAAUUAUAUCAGUUGCAGUUACAAGUGCUGCAAUCAUCGCAUCUGUAUUCUUUAAUAGCUAUUUAGGAUUCUUUCUCACUUAUACACUAGUUGGCGGUAUAGGAAUGGGUAUAAGUUUUGUUCGAGUGAUAGCUGUUAUGGCUGAAUAUUUUGACAAUUACAGAAUACUUGCAUUAGCUAUUUGUAGUAGUGGUGCUGGUUUUGGAACUGUUAUUUAUUCCCAACUAGGCAAUUAUAUGAUUGACAAUUAUACAUGGCGUAUUGCAUUAAUCUCAUUCGCUUUACUUCAUCUUAAUGUCAUCCCAUUAAGUCUUUUAAAUCGUCCCUUGUCAUCAGAACCAACACCAGAGCCUACAAUUCUAAUGCCUAAUGAUCCAAUCAUGUCUACAAUGAGUUUAAAAUCUGUUCCUGGAAUACCAAAUAUGUAUGCUUCACAAAUAAGUACAAUGGGUGGCGGUAUCGGUGGUAGUAUUUUAACUAAUAUGGAUGAAACUGGUCAAAGGUGUAAAUCAGAGACAAUGUUUACUCGUUUAACAGGACAAGAUAUAAUUGGUGUUGUAGAAUUUAUUAAAAUAAGCUGUGAUAAAUCAAAUACUAAUGAAUUAACUGUCAGUCCAAUCAAUUUUAUCAAUGACUUGGAACCACAGAUAUUAGAGCGUAUACAAACAGCAGCUGAUGAAUAUUUCGAUAAUUUAGAAAAUAAUACACCUGAAACACUAUUAAACAAUGUGGAUGAAACUCAGUUGAACAUGUUCCUUCCAAUUAUCUUCUUAGUCUGUGAUCGAUUAACUGGAAUUCAGAGUAAUUUACCAUCGGAAAAACAAUUUUUACUUGGUAGUCGUUUAAGUGGUAUAGAAAAAUUGUUUACUGAUCGCUCUAGUCAACUGGGAUCUACAGCGUUUAUGAACACAUACACAAGUGUUGAACAAAUACCAAAUUUGAAUAAAGCAACAACUCCAAAAACAGUACAAAAACCAAGCUCAUUCAUUGGUGAUUCAAUCACUUCAAGUGUACUCAAAGCUUAUGAUGCUAAACAAACUGCGAAUAUGAUACGUGCAAUUAUUCAGCGUGCUUCAAAUAAAGUAACAGAAAUUUCAAAAGAAUUAAUAUCAAAUAAAAUACUUGUUCAUCCUAAACCGCUGAUUGUGAUUAUAAACCAGAAAUCUAUUGAUACAGUUAAUUCAAAAUUACCAUCAGAAGAUCGACUAUGUGUACUGGGCUACACUAAACCAGGUGAUGAUACAAUUUUCGAAGAGAGCGAAAAUGAAUAUCAAAAUGAUAAUGAAAGUAAUGAUGAUGAUGAUAAUGACAGUGGUAAUAAUAUUGACAAUGAAAAUAUCAGCCCAAAAUCUGAACAAACCGUCAAAGAGACUGUUAAAACUUCUGGACGUAAUAGAUUAAUUUCACCUGGAUAUCAUUUAACUAACUCGUACUUAAACCUCCGUAGUCCUAAGAUUUCCUGCGGAUCUAGAGGAUACAUUGAUCAGAUGAUACGUAGUGGGACUACUGUUUAUCAAAGUCAAGCCAUUAUAGCACCAUUUUACAAGUAUAGAGACAUGCCUGUCAAAACUAGCUGUUUGUCGAUGACUUCAGUGAUGGAACCGAAAGAAGCUGUUGAAUACUUGACAUCUAAAAUUGAUAAUGAACAAGACCAAGAAUAUUCAUCAGAUGAAGAAAGGAAAAAAGCAAAACAGUCAAUUGUGAAUUCAAAAAAUAUUCUAUUUUUGAGCUUUUUAAUAACUCGUACACUAACCUACAUUGGUGAUUCCAUAUUAUUUGCACAUUUCAUUAAUUUCGGUAUUAGUAGUGGACUGAAAGAAGAACAAGCAACAGGUCUGCUUGCAUACGUUGGUUUAGCCAGUAUGUUAGGUAGAUUAGGCAUAGGACUAGUUGGGCAGUUUUCAGAGAAACUGGAAAUUCGUUCAAUUGUGGCAGUAACGCUGUUCAUUUUAUCCAUACACACUAUAUUUAUGCCUUUCUAUCCAACGUAUCCAGCGUUAGCCGGUUAUGGCAUAUGUUACAGUUUAUUUGUUGGACCAAGUUUUGCAUUCUCAAAUUCAAUGACUAUUCAAAUUAUGGGUGACGCAAAAAUGGAUCGCAGUUUAUCACUGGUACUAUUCUUUGAAGCAACAGGCUAUCUCAUUGGUGGACCUUUAGGAGGUAUUAUUAAAGAACAAACUGGAAAUUAUUCAUCUACAUUUUUAUUUUCUGGAUUAUGUAAUAUAAUUGCUUCUAUAAUUGUAACCGUACAUGCUUUGAUUAAAUUUAAUUCAUUUGAAAGAAUAAAACAAUAUUUAUUUCCAAGAGUAAACCAAAAAAUCGACAAUUUAAAUGAACUUUCUGUCUAAUGAUAAAAAUAUAUUUAUUGUUAUUACUUGUAAAGUAUCAGAAAACUAGUAAUAAAAUGACAAUCAUAUUUCCCACACAAAUCAUCGAAAUAGUCAAUUUAAACAAAAAUGAAAAGAGGCAAUUAUUUCUGUAUUUUUUUAUAUUAAUACUGACCAGUGAAUAAGAUUAUGUAGACUUUCAGUUUACUUAUCAGUUCAAACAUUAAGUGAAUGUAUUGAUUAUGACAAGAUGAUAUUACCUGUUAAUGCAAACCUCCCCCAAAAACAUCAGAUACUCAUUGAUGUUAUUAAACUGAUAUAUGGAGAGACAUUGAGGAAUAUAUUAUUCGAUAUAUAAAACAAUAUUUGUGAUUCAACCUUUGGAGCAUAUCAAAAGAUGUGCUAUAUUUUUUUGACUACAUUUUUCUACACCAUAAGAUUUUAGAAAUAUAACAUCACAAGUUCAAAUGAGGUUCAUCAUGACUAUUUUUUUUCUUUAGAAAUCAAAGAACUUCAUAAACUUUAUUAUUUUGUCAUAUCGAAAUCAAAAGAGUAAACUUUGUUUGUUUUGAGGCAAGUUUGAGCAACACAUACCUAUUUGAUUAAAGCUCAUUUGAGAAUCCCAAGUAUACUUUCCUAAAUUGGUAUAACAUGGAUUUUUCGAAUAACCUAUUUCCCAUGUCAAUGUAAUCGAUAUCACUUGUAUUUUUCUUGUGAUUUUCUGUGUUUUACGUAUUGAGUAAGGUGAUUUCUUUUAGUUGUCAUUUUUCAUAUUUUAAAUGUACUUUAAGUAUUGACUAUAUCAUAUUUUCUCAGUUGUUUAAAUAGUCGAUUUGAUUUACAUUAGGUUACAUGCAUUAAAGUGCAUUGGUUGAUUCAAAGUGCCGCAUUUUCCUGAGGUGUAAACAUCUAACUUUCUAGUCAAACUUACCGAAUAUUCCUUGACUGUCCGUUAUUCCAUAAGUGAACUGAAUUGUAAUUCAUAGUAUACUUAUUUGUGUAAAAAGCUUAAUUAUACCAUUUGACCUGAGAACUAUGAUUCAUAUAUGCACACUUUAUUGGCAAAGUAAAGGUAAUUGUGCUAUCAGCUGUUUUUUUUUCAUAAAAGUCUAUAAAAAUAUUUUCCACAACUGGGAGAUAUUAGCGUUGCGGUUUCAAAUUCUAC